AUGUCGCUCGAACAUCUACAACUCCUCGAGCAGAGACAGCUCUCGGGCAUACCAGCACUCCAACACCGACACAGGGCAAGAAUCAUCCCAUCUUCACACCUUUCUGCAAGCUUGACCGGAUCCGCUGCAUCGUGUCUUGAGAUCGGGCACCGCAUCAAACACUGCAGCGACCUGCAAAAGUCGACCAUGUGUCUACAGUCAGGACUCCAUCCCUUGGCCGACGAAUUUUACGGCAUGCGUUUUGCCUUUCAGCAUAUCGAGCAGACCUGGACUCACCCAUAUGGCCAAAAAUUGUGGACGGAAAACGCGACGAGCACUGUCAAGCACGCACAACAAGUGGCCCAAGACGUUGCCAACAGCCUUCGAGAUAUCGUCAAUCGACGUUCGUCCUGGGAUGUCGUGGCUCCACAUCAUGUGUACUAUCAACUCCAAGCAUUCGAGACCUAUUUGCAGGAGCAGCAGCUGAUUCUGAAUCUCCUGGGACUGGUCAUGUAUGUUCUGUCGCCAAGCGAAGUGCCGGAUCUGCGCUACNUGCAGUCCUCGCUGCAAGAAGCAACUGUGAGUACCCAGCUUUUCUGUAAUCAGCAACAAUCUGACAGCUAUUUCAGUGAAAGCGAAAAGUUCUCGUAUGCGUGUGAACAGCUCGGGUUUGCCGUUCUCCUGAGACAGGAGAUGCAAGCAAAGUUGCUGAAGAUCGCCUCCAUAGAUCCGGACUACAAGGACAUCGAUAUUGAGGAAAUCUGGGGAGAGAUAACCGCUGUAGACCGUUGUUCCUCCAGGGACUCUACCAUGGGCAACAUGACUCCAACGGAAGACUGGUCUGAAAUUCAAAGCGACACUGGAAGCGGUCCUAUCAACUAUUCGUUUGUACCAAGUCCGGGAGCGGGGCCCAAAAGACUGGUCAAGCGUCAAAAGAGUGAAGAUACUACACACGGCGCUCUGGACGCCAUGCUAGACGGUUUCGGACACGAAGGGAUGCGAGGUGAAUUUUGGCCGCAGGAAGCGUUUGAGUCCCGGAGAAGGGACCUUGCGAAGUUGGCGUUCCUUUGGACCAACGUUGAGACGUUUGCAGGCCUCCAGAGAAAUGAGUCGACAUCGGUUUAA